AGUCCCAGGCCCCAGGCCAAUACCAAUUUUCGGGAACACUUUGAAGUUUGUUUUAGCUUCAACUUCAUUGGGCGUUAUAUUGAAAAGACUAUACGACGAUUAUCCGACUGAUAAAAUGGUGGGACUGUACAGAAUGAGAACGCCGUGUCUCUUGAUACGCGACCUGGACAUAGUUAAACAUGUUUUGAUAAAGGACUUUCAAGUUUUCUCGGACCGUGGUGUCUCAUUUAGCAAGAAAGGGCUGGGAACAAACCUGUUCCACGCCGAUGGAGAAACUUGGCGAUCGCUAAGACAUCGCUUCUCCCCCCUGUUCAGUAAUCAGAAACUUAAGAACAUGAUGUACUUGCUGAAUAAUCGAGCUGAUAAAUUCAUGGAAUAUGUAAGUGAGGUGACUGUGACUCCAGAGCACGAUGUGCACGGACUGAUGAGAAAGUACACGAUGUCAACGAUAUGGGCGUGCGCGUUCGGUUUCGAUAUCGACACCUUUCAAGAAGAAAUACACACCACUUUGAAGAAGAUCGACCAGGCCAUAUUUAGCCGUAAUUUGAUAAUCGAGCUCGAAAUGAUGUAUCCGGGUUUACCCAAAAAACUCAAAAUUGACAUAUUUCCGAGCUUUAUGCAACAUUUCUUUAAAGAUCUCGUCGAAAAAGUAAUCACUCAAAGAAAAGGAGUACCAUCGACUAGGAACGACUUUAUGGAUUUGCUUUUACAAAUUAAGAAUAAUAAAGAACUUCAAACUGCCGGAAGAUUCGGCGAUGUAGAAGGUGAAAAUGUAGAAAUAACUAAUAGCAUAAUAGAAGCUCAAUCAUUUGCGUUUUAUGUAGCUGGCUAUGAAACAUCGGCGUCCACCAUGGGGUUCAUGCUAUACCAACUAGCACUGAACCCUGAAAUACAGGAGAGAUUAAGAAAAGAAAUAGACGAGUAUCUUCAAAGACACGAAGGCCGAAUAGAAGUGGACACCAUAAAAGAAUUAACAUAUAUGGACCAGGUUUUUAACGAGACCCUUCGAAUGUAUCCUAUUGUGGAACAUUUACGACGAAAAUCGCAAACAGAUUAUGAGUGUCCGGGUACUAACGUAAAAGUGUCUAAGGGACAACUAGUGCUUAUAUCUGUUUGGGGGAUUCACCACAAUAAGUUGUACUACCCAGAGCCGCAAAAGUUUAAUCCUGAUAAUUUCUCUCCGGGGAACACCGCUAGUCGACAUCCCUGCGCGUACCUUCCGUUCGGUGCAGGACCGCGCCAUUGCAUUGGUAAGUACGUAAACAAAAUACCAUCAAAAAUUUUUCAUCUAUUUGAUAUUAAAUUCUUCGACAAACACAAGCCUAAAUGCGGAAAGCUGUAA